UGUAAAAAUAAUCAUCCAUAAUUAAUUACAAAAUUUACAAUAAAAGAAAAGUUAACAUCUUUGUUAUUGUGAUGAAAAUAAAGUAAAACAUUGUUUUCUUCAAUGGAAAAAGUACUUUUCGUUUUUCUACACAGAAAUUGACCGACAUCUUUCCAGAAUCUUUUGACAAGAUGACAAUUCCAAAAUAGGUGGGAUAAUGGGUAGAGGAAGGUGUAGGUUUUUGUGGGACUCCAAAUAAAUACAAUAAACGGUGUGUAAAAGUCGCAUGCAGCUCUCGCGAGACAUUCGACAACUGGCGGGUUACCUUCGAGACUUGAAGCGUUUUCUAAUCCUAACCGAUAUCUGAUUGGACGAUUCAGUACUAUACAUCAGGAAAACGCUACCUUAUUGGUCGGAGAAACUAUAACCCUUCCCCGAAACCUUACCCUAACCAAUCAGGUUUUCUGAUAGCUUUCCUCAUAAAUAUGAAUGAGCCUUCCCUAGCCAUCUUACGUAUCGGAAAUGCCGCACCGCCGCCAUUUAUUCACCACCGCCAUUUUACAGCAACCAUACAAACACAGGUUAGAUUACGAAGAUGACGGCUCAAAUGGAAAACCAACUGUGCAAGCUCUUUGUCGGCGGACUUAACGUGCAGACCACCGACGAUGGGCUACGCCAACAUUUCGAGCAGUACGGGCAGCUUACGGAUUGCGUGGUGGUGCAGAACCAGCAGCUGAAGCGCUCGCGUUGUUUCGGUUUCGUCACCUACUCGAGUCCGGAGGAGGCGGACGCGGCCAUGGCGGCCCGUCCUCAUAUACUGGACGGGAACAACGUCGAGCUGAAGAGAGCCGUGGCACGCGAAGAUGCGGGUAAGCCCGAAGCCCUCGCUAAGGUGAAGAAGAUAUUCAUCGGCGGACUGAAAGACGACAUCGAGGAAGAUCACCUCCGCGACUGCUUCUGCCAGUUCGGCGCGGUGGAGAAAGCUGAGGUGAUCACGGACAAAGAGACCGGAAAAAAGCGGGGCUUCGGCUUCGUGUAUUUCGAGGACAACGAUUCGGCCGACAAAGCUGUGGUACUGAAGUAUCACGUUAUUAAUGGACAUAAAGUGGAGGUGAAGAAGGCCCUGACCAAGCAAGAGAUGCAGGCUGCCGGUAGUCGUGGUGGCCGCGGAGGCCGAGGUGGCGGACGGGGGAUGGGGAGACCGCAGAACGGCUACGGCGGACGAGGCGGUGGAUACGGCAACUACGGAGGUGGCUACGGGGGGAAUGACGGCUACGGCGGAGGCUAUGGAGGCGGAUACGGUGGCGGGUAUGGGGGAGGCUACGGGGACCAAAUGGAGGGCUACGGCGGUGGUAACGGCUACAAUGACUUUGGCAGCGGCUAUGGACAGCAGUCCUCUGGCUAUGGCCCAAUGAAAGGUAAUUACUCGGGCAGAAGCAACGCUCCUUACUCCCGAGGUGGUGGUGGUGGGUACGGCAGGGGGGGUUACGGAGGCUCAUAUUAAGAGCGUUUAUUAGAUAUUAAGUCUGAUAUUAAGAGUAGCCCCUUCCCCAGCCCACAUCACAAUUCUGACCACACAUUAUCCUCAGCCAAGUAGCCAGAUUGAGCCAUUUUAAUGUGGCUUGGCCUUGACUGACACACCGAAGCUUCAAUUCAUGCAGGAGCUCAUAACUAAAUCAAGCCUAGCAGAUCAUAGGUAGGGGGUUGCCUAUCCAACGUUUCUCUACUACUACUACAACACAUCCUUUUGCUCUAAGGCACUCGUCUUUUCCCUAAAGUACUAGGGAGAUUUUUCUCAAGACAUAAGACUACUGCUCUGGAUCUCUACGUAUUAUCAGACUGACCAGCGGUGGCGGCCUGUUUGCAAAACUGUUUCUUCCACGUUUUUGUGCAUUGGAAUUAAGUUAAGAUUAGUCCUUUUGCUUGUUAGUGUAGGCAUGUGUUUUUCUCCUAUUAGCACAUGUAUUGUAUCUUUGUCUUUUUUUUUUUUUUUCUCCUUCUGUUCAAAGACGUAUUCAAAUCUGCCUUUGAUUAGAGCCAAUCACAGUUAACCCCUGUAGCGAUUCAGUCUUUUAUUGGCUGGCAGCAGGCUCUUGCAGAUCACAUGACCUGCUGGUAAAUUCUGCUGGUAGUCAGGAAAAGCUUGGACUUUUAAGGUCGUGUCAAGAAGGGAUCCGUCUUUUGUCAAUCUCGCGAGAUUAUACACGGCGUUUGAAGUCGCACCGUAACAAUGAGCGCUAGUAAAAUAUUAUUUUAAACUGUCUGUUUUGAUAAAUAGUCAUUCUUGAUGAUCAAUUCAAGCUCUAAGAUAAAUAUUUCACAUAAUAUAUUUGAUAACUUCAUCUCUAUGUGUGCAGCUGUCGGUCAUGCGAUAUUGUAAGUCAGCGGAGAAGUACAUCAAUCAGCGCCGGUAGUAGGAGUCUAGUGGUAACUAAUUCGCCCCGUGCAUAGGAGGCGUAUGGUUCUGAUCCGCCCAUAGACUGUUAAUUAAAAUAUAAAACUAAGAUUGCAUCCACACCUCAGUGGAUGUAUAUCUUGAGUGGGGACACAUUUGUUUGCAUUUUCUAUGGCAUUCGACUGGAAAAUAGCGCGAGCUGCGACACUCGCAGCAGCGAGGAGCGCUCGCCGCCCAUAAUCGAUUCCUCAAGUUCAUUCACUGCGGCACAAAUGUUGCCUUAAUGCUGUAUAAUGAAGAUUUAAAAGCAGUUCAUGAGCAUGCCGUUGUUAUUUUGCUUGCCAUCUUGACUGAUCUUUAACUUUAUAUGUCGUUCUUUUGAUAAACAUAGCUAACCGAUGAACUGCGCAUGUGCGAGAAGAGGGCUCCCUUCUAGACACGCCCUUUGUUUAAUUAGGCUCGCUGGCAACAAGAAGCGACAAGGUUUCUGUUCGUCCUGACAUAAGAAUAUUGGAAUAACAUAUUUCUGUUACGUGUCCGUGAAAACGAAGCAAGUUUAAAAGGACUAGUUUAACAUUUAAGUGUUAAGGCUCACAAAAAAAAAACAAAAAAAAACGAAAUAUCCGUUAUAGUGACUAGCGUGUAACUCCCAAUUAGUAUUAUUUGUUUAAUAGUUCAGACUUCAUUAUGAAAAUAUUGUCAUUGCUAUUACAGUGAACUUUUUACUCGGAACUCUUAAAGGAAUAGUUCACCCAAAAAUGAAUAUGCUCUCACCAUUAACUCACUCUCAAGCUAUCCCAUAUGUGUAUGAUUUUUCUAAAAAUUUCUCAGAUCUGUAGGUCCAUUCAGUGCAAGUGAAUGGUGGCCAGAACUUUUAAAGCUCUAAAAAGCAUAAAGGCAGCAUAAAAGUAAUCCAUACGACUCCAGUGGUAAAAUCCAUGUCUUUUAGAAGCGACAUAAGUGUGGGUGAGAAACGGACCAAUAUUUAAGUCCUUUUUUUUUUUUUACUAUAAAUGUCCACUUAAGCAAUUGUUCUUUUUCACUUCUGAAGACAUAGAUUUAACCACUGGAGUCAUAUGGACUACCUUUUAGAGUUCACUUGCAUUAAACUGACCUACAGAACUGAGAGAUUUUUCUAAAAAUAUUUUUGUGUUCAGUAUAAAAAAAGAAAGUCAUACACAUCUGGUAUGGCAUGAGGGUGGGUAAAUGAGGAUUUUUAUUUUUGGGUGAACUAUUCCUUAAUACAGCCUUGUUGUUUUAGUUUUAUCAUUUAGUAGAAGAAUUAAAUGCAAUUGUCUCAUUGUAUUACUGCUUUAACGGAAUAACCUAUUGAAUAUUGUUUAUUUCAGAUACAACUGAACUGUAUGUAUUUCUAUUAAUAAAAGUUAUUACUCCGUAGCCAUUAUGGUUUAUGACCAGCUGCGCUUUAUUGGGUGGUUUUGACGUAUAUGGAGGCUCGUUUAGUGAUUGUUUGGCCAUCUAGGUAAGACUAAAAUUGGAGGCACAACAAGCACGGUUCAAGUGCAACAUUUUAACAAUAUUUAUUUGCAUCAGACGUGUGGGGAUGUUUAAUAUUUUCCCAACCAUGCAAGAUAUGUUGUCUUUAUUCUUAAAAUAUGUUUAGAGCUUUGUUCCAAUACUUUUAGUGAUCAAAUAAGAUGGAUCUAUACCUUAGCUGUGUCCACUACUACGUCAUUGGAUUCUCCAGGGGUACUCCAGAGAUGUAGAAACCCAGCUGAAAAUCCAUAGGAUAAUCGCACCAGGUUUCCAGGUUUGUAGAAAUACUUUAUACACAAGACAUUACAUCGGGUGUGUCUUAAACAUGCUUUGGAUCCACCUGGAACAAACUCCUUAAAUCAGGUAUUUGUGAGUCGACAGUGUAAAGCGUGCAUGCAACCUUAUUUCAGCAUUUCCUAAUACCAGCUUAGCGUUAAUUGGCGGUGAUCAUGUAAAAUAGGGGAAAAUUGGAAAUUAGAACAUGUUCUGUAGUUCAAUGUGUGUGAAGCUGUGGUGAUAGUGGUCUAUGUAGUUAUGUCUUAAUCCAGUAUUUUAGACAAUUUUCAGUUUAAGGUCAAACCGGAGAAUGGUGCUUAUAAAUCCUGUAUACUUGAUGCAUUAGUUCCAGAUAUUAAUGACAUCAAAUGCAAAGGAGAUCAGCAUGUAUUAAGCAAGGUUUGUGCUUUCCGUUAUUUACUUUACAUCUUAUCAAUCCCUUCCCCUCCUCAUCAUGGUGUUUUGCUCGUGUUUUGUCCUACAUUUCUGACACGCUAAGAGAACAGUGGGUGGUUUGUUUGAUAAUUCAGUGAGUCUAGUGAAAGAUGCAACUGUAAACCGCUUCCUUGGUAUGUAAAUUUGUGUUAAAGAACACAUCUACAUAAACCUUUCUUUGAGUCAGCCUUUCUUACAGGCAGUCACAAAUGUGUAACUAAUGGGCUGUAUCUAGACUGGCAGUAGAUAUGUUUCAAGAAACCAUCUUUUGUUGACUUGACACUUAAACGCAUCUCCAUCUGUCUUCUUUUUCCACAGAGCUGACACAAUGGAAGUAUUUCAAUAAAAUCUCACUUCAUAAGGGCUGCUGCUUGAGCUUCUGCUGCAACUGACAAUGCAGUUUAACUGUUGCUCUGAUAAAUGAAGUGAGAACUCCAUCAGUGAGUCUGAGAUUGCAUAUGGAACACACAUGCUAGCUUCCUGGGGAUCUCCAAGAGGCAAGAUGCCUUUGAGCUGGUGCCAAAAUAGGAUGCCUGGAUGAGGGUCCAUUGGCUGGAACAAGCGUGGAAUGCCGCGGAGUGAAUGGACUCAUUUCGCUAGUGCACAAGAAUAAAUCUGUUGAGUGUUGUUCAAUAAAAUAAAUAAAUAAAAAUUA